UUUGUCUUGGCCGUCGCGGUCGCCUUUUUUCAUCCUUCCGUCCCCCCACUUGCUUGCGUGAGGUGCUCGCAGCAGACCGGCCCCCGCUGAACUCGCCAUGGCUGACGAGAAGCCCAAGGAAGGUGUGAAGACUGAAAAUAAUGACCACAUUAAUCUGAAGGUUGCAGGGCAAGAUGGAUCUGUGGUGCAGUUUAAGAUUAAAAGGCAUACACCACUUAGCAAACUAAUGAAAGCCUAUUGUGAACGACAGGGUUUGUCAAUGAGGCAAAUCAGAUUCCGGUUUGAUGGGCAGCCAAUCAAUGAAACAGAUACACCUGCACAGUUGGAAAUGGAGGAUGAAGAUACAAUUGAUGUGUUCCAGCAGCAGACAGGAGGAGUCUACUAAAAGAGAACCAAACUCCCUUUCCCACAGACAACACAUUCACAAUUAGAAAAA